AGCAACCUCACACCUCCAUCCGCCUUUCACCUCCAACCCCAUCCCUCUUUACAAAUGGGGUAAAAAGCUCCAUUAUAACCAAGCAAAAUACAGAAGAAACUCCACAUCUCAGCCAUGGCCGCCGCCGCCGUAAACCCCUCCCACCUCCUACUCUCCCACACUUUCCCCUCCCAGUUCACCUCCACCCUUUCCCCAUUCCCACUCCACAAACCCUCCCCCUCCUUCUCCAAAAGAAACACCAGAAAUCCUUCCCCCACCUCCCCAUUCCGAUGCGCCGUCACUAGCGUCGACGAGACCGCCGCUAAAACCCCCCCGCCGGGGACCAAGAAGAAGAGCAGCUUCCUGAUCCAAACCCUAACGUCGUGGCUCCUGAAACAGGAGCAAGCCGGCAACAUCGACGCCGAGCUCACCAUCGUCCUCUCGAGCAUCUCCAUGGCCUGCAAGCAGAUCGCCUCUCUUGUGCAGCGCGCUGGCAUAUCCAACCUCACCGGCAUCCAGGGGAACGUCAAUGUGCAGGGCGAGGACCAGAAGAAGCUGGAUGUCGUAUCCAAUGAGGUGUUUUCGAACUGCUUGAGGUCGAGUGGGAGGACGGGGAUUAUAGCGUCGGAGGAGGAGGAUGUGCCCGUAGCGGUGGAGGAGAGCUAUUCCGGCAAUUACAUCGUCGUAUUUGAUCCGUUGGAUGGGUCGUCGAACAUUGACGCCGCUGUAUCCACUGGUUCUAUCUUUGGGAUUUACAGCCCUAAUGACGAAUGCCUCGCCGAUGUUGACGAGGACGGCACGCUGGAUCGAGCAGAGGAGAGGUGCGUGAUAAACGUGUGCCAGCCGGGCACAAACCUCCUCUCCGCCGGCUACGUAAUGUACUCCAGCUCCGUCAUCCUCGUCCUCACCGUCGGCAGGGGCGUUUUCGUCUUUAACCUCGACCCCCUCUACGGCGAGUUCGUCCUCACCCAAGAACAGGUUCGCAUCCCCCGCACCGGUGACAUCUACUCCUUCAACGAGGGCAACUACCUGCUCUGGGACGACAGGCUCCGGGCCUACGUUGACAGCCUCAAGGAGCCCGGCCCAAACGGAAAGCCCUAUUCAGCCCGAUAUAUCGGCAGCCUUGUGGGGGAUUUUCACCGCACGCUUCUGUACGGAGGGAUAUAUGGGUACCCGCGCGAUAGCAAGAGCGGGAACGGUAAGCUGAGACUGUUGUACGAGUGCGCGCCCAUGAGCUUUAUCGCCGAGCAGGCGGGGGGGAAGGGUUCCGACGGCCACCGUCGGAUCCUCGACAUCAUUCCCAACGAGAUUCAUCAGAGAGUUCCACUGUUCAUUGGGAGCGUGGAGGAAGUUGAGAAGGUGGAGAAAUUUCUUUCCGGAGUAUGAAUCUUUGAAUUGAUAACAUGCUGGGCAGCAAUAAUUCAGGUAUUGUGUAAUUAAUUAUAGGUGGUAUUUAUGUAAAUCUCCUUAU